AUGAACGGACACAGCCAACCCGACCAACCAGAUGCCUAUGAUACUCCAGCCUCCCUAGAGGAAAUUGCGGACACUCCUCAAGCCCAUCCACUAUCGGGAUACUAUUCAUUGAUCUUGAAGUCGAACUCACCAUAUGGUGGUGAUGCAUUGAAAUCGCGCCCGACGCCCGCUCGGCCCGAGGCCAAACCGACGCCGACAUCUACUGUUGCACCGCAAUCGCCCCAGGAAAAAAUGGCGAUCGUAUUUGGCACCCCUCUCGCCGGUCCAGGCCGAACCUCGCGCUAUAAUCCUGGUGAAGCUCCUCCAGUGUCAACGUGGAAGACUAUCAAUGGAGUCCCCAUUCCUCCCCAACCCGAGGAACCGGACAAUUGCUGCAUGAGUGGAUGUGUACACUGUGUCUGGGAUGACUUCCGGGAUGAAAUGGAAGACUGGGCAUCCAGGAUUGCAACGGCCAAAGCUAAAGGUGGGCCUGAGAAGGGAACGAAGGACAUGCGCACGGCACCUCGAGCGGAAGUCCACUCAGCCAGUACCAGCAUGGAUGAUGAUGGCGGUGGUAGCGAAGCAAAUUGGACUAUGCCGAGUCAAGAGGCCGAUUUAUUUGCGAAUGUUCCUGUUGGUAUCCGAGAGUUCAUGAAAACGGAGAAAAAGUUGCGGGCGAAACAUCAAAAGGAUGUUACAACGUGA